CAACUCUCAGAGAGGAGGUACAGCGUGUAGGUGGAGAGCAGUGUGGCCCGAGAGAAGAUUAAAACUUCACGCAGAUUUUGGAGUAUGAACAAAUACACGUUAACACUUUUGCUCUUGUCUCUUGGUGGUCUUCUAUGUGAGGGAGGUAACCUAUGCUGUUCAGAGCCAUGUCAGAACAAAGGUGUUUGCACAGCCCUGGGAUCUGAUGCUUAUGAAUGUGACUGCACGCGUACUGGUUAUUAUGGCCAAAACUGUACAACACCUGAAUUCCUCACCCGGGUAAAAGUGCUCCUGAAACCAACACCCAACACAGUCCACUAUCUUCUGACCCACUUUAAGGGCUUCUGGAACAUCAUCAACAACAUCUCAUUUCUCAGAGAUGCCAUCAUGAAAUAUGUGUUGACGUCCCGAUCCCACAUGGUGGACAGCCCGCCAACCUACAAUUCAGACUAUGAUUACAAAAACUGGGAAGCCUAUUCCAACCUUUCGUACUAUACAAGAGCCCUACCCCCGGUGCCGCAGGAUUGCCCAACCCCUAUGGGAACAGUGGGUAAAAAGGAGCUCCCUGAUGCGAAGCUUCUUGCAGAGAAGCUCCUAAUGAGAAGACAGUUCAUCCCUGACCCACAAGGCACCAGUCUUAUGUUUGCAUUCUUCGCGCAGCACUUUACACACCAAUUCUUUAAAACGGACAUGAAGAGAGGUCCUGCCUUUACACUUGCAAAAGGACACGGGGUUGACCUCAGUCACAUUUAUGGAGACAAUCUGGAGAAGCAACACAAACUGAGACUUUUCAAAGAUGGCAAACUUAGACAUCAGAUGCUGGAUGGAGAGAUGUACCCUCCAACUGUUAAAGAUGUGGGCGUUGAUAUGCACUACCCUCCUCAUGUCCCGGACUCUCACCGCUUUGCUGUGGGACACGAGGCUUUCGGCCUGGUCCCUGGGCUCAUGAUGUACGCCACCAUUUGGCUCCGGGAGCACAACCGAGUGUGUGAUGUUUUAAAGCAAGUCCAUCCUUAUUGGGAUGAUGAAAGACUCUUUCAGACCUCACGGCUGAUUUUGAUAGGAGAAACCAUCAAGAUUGUAAUUGAGGACUAUGUGCAGCACCUGAGUGGCUAUAACUUCAAACUCAAAUUUGAUCCUGAGCUGCUAUUCAGCCAGCAUUUCCAGUACCAGAAUCGCAUUGCAUCCGAGUUUAACACCCUGUACCACUGGCACCCACUGAUGCCUGACUCCUUCCACAUUGAGGAGGAAAACUACAACUAUAAACAAUUUGUCUUCAACACCUCUGUCGUGACUAAGCACGGCAUUGCAAACCUGGUGGAGUCCUUUAGCAAGCAGAUAGCUGGAAGGGUUGCUGGUGGUCGGAAUGUUCCUGGACCAAUCUUGUAUGUGUCUAUUAAGUCCAUAGAGGGCAGCAGAGAAAUGCGUUACCAGUCUUUGAACGCUUACAGAAAAAGAUUCAAUAUGGCUCCAUACAAGUCUUUUGAAGAUUUGACAGGGGAAAAAGAAAUGGCAGCAGUGCUAGAAGAGCUUUAUGGAGAUGUCAACGCUGUAGAGCUCUACCCCGGCCUACUUGUGGAAAAACCCAGACCCGAUGCCAUCUUUGGGGAGACCAUGGUGGAGAUGGGGGCACCUUUCUCAUUAAAAGGCUUGAUGGGUAACCCCAUCUGCUCACCAGAAUACUGGAAACCCAGCACUUUUGGAGGCAGCGUGGGAUUUGACAUUGUCAAUACCGCAUCUCUGCAGAAGCUUGUGUGCAAUAAUGUACAGGGACCCUGCCCCGUGGCAUCAUUUCACGUACCUGACAUCGAAGAUACAGGCUCCUUUGUCAUUAACUCGAGCACAUCCUCCUCACGCAAUGGUGAUAUUAACCCUACAGUCAUUUUGAAAGAAAGGACUACUGAGCUCUAAGUGGGUUUUAUGUUAAUUUGAACUAUUUAUUUAUUUAUUUUGUAAUUAUUUAUUCUAUUUAUGAUAUCACAUAUUUUAAUGUAAGCAGAGGUUUGUACAGUUUUCUAUAUUGUUAUGGCUUUAUUUAUUACAAGAGAGUAUAUAAGUUAUUGUGAAAUGAAUGACCUCAAGGAUACCUGAUACUGUACUUGAAAGCUAGUUUACAAUUCCACCAUAGUGUAAGUUUUGUUGUUGAUGUCUGUUUAGAUGAGUGCUGCUUGUCUUCCACUUGUUAUUAUGUAUUGUCUUCUGUUUUACUGUCACACAAUCAAUUUUGUUUAAGAUCUGGACUGCUAAUGUAGACAGUAUAACACUUGAAUGGUGAAAUUUAGUGAUACACCUCAUUGUGAUGAUUGUACAGUAUUUCUGACAUUAAAUUUUA